ACCCUGUAUCAGUCUUCAAUCUACCGCUGAGCGUUCAAGUCAGCUCUCCCAGAGAACACAACAGCUCCGCCAACGCUUAUAAUUGAGUCAAUCAACAUGCUGCUAUUACGGCGCAUUAAACUCAAAGUCAUUACAGGUCGCAGUUACGCGUCCGCAGGUCUCAGCUAUCACCGAUGCGAGGGAAAGUAUCCGCUGGUUCGCCGUAAUUUGGGCCAACACCUCGAACUAGCCGCAGAGACAUUUCCCAAUCGGGAAGCGCUAGUUUCGUUGCAUGAAGCGAAGCGGCUAACGUACUCCACGGUGCUUGAUAAGGUUGACCGUAUGGCAGCUUCGUUGUUCCAGCUGGGAUUAUCUAAAGGUGAUCGUGUAGGGAUUUGGGCACCCAACGGAGCGCUGUUCUACCUGUCAACGCUGGCUGUGGCGCGUGCUGGUAUGAUAUCGGUCGGUAUCAAUCCAGCCUAUCAAGUACCGGAGCUGCAGUACGCACUCAACAAGGUUGGCAUCAAGGCACUUAUCGCUCCAGAGCGCUACCGAAGUCGCAGUUUCUAUGGAAUGAUCUGCAAAGUAGUUCCCGAACUACUAACUUCUCAUCCCGAAAAACUGAAAAGUUCCGCCGUGCCGUCGCUUAGUACGGUGAUCAUAGAUGUCGACGAUAAACGUGCACUUCCAGGAACGAUCGGAUACCAAGAUCUGCUCAAGAUCGCCCCCAAACAAGAACAAGCCAAGAUAUCCUCGCUUCAAUCAUCGAUCUCACCUGACAGUGGGGUAAACCUCCAGUUUACAUCGGGAACCACCGGGCAACCGAAAGCAGCGCUUCUAUCGCACUACAACUUUAUCAACAAUGCUCUUACCGUUGGUGUUCGAAACGGAUUCGAAGAAAACCGAAAGCAUCGAAUAUGCGUUCAAAACCCUUUCUUCCACGUUUUCGGCAUGGUAGUAGGAAUCACGACUGCAGCAGGUUACGGCUGUACCUUGGUGCUACCUGGACCGGGCUUUAAUGCCGAGGAAUCGGUACAGGCCAUCAUCAAAGAAAAGUGCAACGUAAUCUACGGAACGCCCACUAUGUACGUAGAUCUCGUCAACAAAGUUCGGGAAUCGGGAGCGAAGCUGCCUCCUGUCGACGUAGCAGUUACGGGAGGUGCACCCUGCGCUCCAAAGCUCUUUCUGGACAUCCGGGACGUUCUCGGCGUGAAGCAGGUCAAAACGAUCUACGGCCUGACGGAAACCACCGCCGUAUGCUUUCAGACACUUCCUAUUGAUUCCGAGGAGAACAUUCUUACCACAGUGGGACAUCUGGGAGAUCACUGGGAAGCUAAGGUGGUUGAUUCCGAAGGAAAUAUGGUCCCGUACGGAAAACCCGGAGAACUAUGGAUGCGGGGCUACGGAAACAUGCUUGGUUACUGGGGAGAUGAAGCCAAGACGAAGGACACGUUCGCCGAAGACAACUGGCUCAAGACUGGCGAUCAGUUUGUGCUGCGGGAAGACGGUUAUGGGAAGAUCGUGGGUAGGAUCAAAGAAAUGGUUAUCCGAGGUGGCGAGAACAUCUACCCGAAGGAGAUUGAAGAUUUUCUCAACUCGCACCCGAAGAUUCUCGAGACGCACUGUGUUGGCGUUCCGGACGAACGGAUGGGCGAAGAGAUUUGUGCGUUCGUGAGGUUGCGAGACUCUUCACAGACCAUGGAUCGUGCUGAGCUGAAGGAUUUUUGCCAAGGGAAGAUUGCACACUUUAAGGUGCCGAGAUAUGUGAGGGUAGUGGAGCAGCUGCCCAGGACGACUUCGGGCAAAAUACAAAAAUUCAAGUUGCUGGAAUCAUUUUUGAAUAAUAAAGACUGAAUUUCGGAUAAAU